AUGAGGGUCUGGGAUCUGUACGCCAAUACCAAGAGCGCGGCCGAGGUCAGGAAGAGCGCCGCUCCCAUCCACGGUGCCAUCGAGAACGUGAUAGACCAGGACCCCGACUUUGCUGUCACUGUCGGUGAUUCGUUGCUCGACGGGGCGACGCAAUUCGACUUAAUCGAACUGCAAUCCGUGAAUAGGGAAGCUUGCUAUGGUGAGUUAUGGUGCAUCUGCUUCGCUCCGCUGCUUAUUCUCAUUAUUGUUCAGCCUCCCAUAUACCAAUGA